AUGGCGUGCUGCCGUGCUUUCGGAGUGGCGAUCCUGGCCCUGAGCCUCGGGGCAGGGGCGACUCGGCACGAGCAUCCGGCGGCUUUUCUGGGAGUGCGAGGUGCCCAGGAACUCCGAGUGGGGAUGGUCCCCAGCGCCAUCAGCAGGGCGAUUCAGCACGCCUUGAGGGACUCCAGGUCCCACUUGAAGGCCUUGACCGCAGCAGAAAAAGAUGCAGCCGAGAAGAAAGCCACGGCCGACAGCGCCUUGGCCAAGAAAGUAGCGCUCGAAGAAGACAAGCGCAAGCAGGAGGAAGCCUGCGAGGAGGAGGAGAAGAAGAGUCGCGAGAACAGGAUGAAGCUCGAGAAGGCCAGCGAAGAACACGACCUCCACUCGGAGGCCCUGGACAAGGCCCGGGGCUUGUGGAACAAGUUGAAUGACGAGCUGGAGUUCCUCCGGAAAGGUGUGAAGCAGCAAGAGAAGACUCUGAUGGAGACCCUCUACGACAUGGAGACGGCGCUGGAUGCCAAGAAGAAGGAGGUGGAAGACAAGGAAAGCGAGACUGCAGCUGCUGAGCUGGACAUGAAAGAGAAGGAGGACAAGGUCAAGGCUGCCGGCAAAGUGAAGAAGGAGUAUGAAGAGCAAUUGAUAGAGGCCGAGAAGAGGUCCCAGCAAGCGCAGGAGGCUUUGCAGGCGAUCAGGGCAAAGGCAGAGGAAGCAGUGGACGAGGUCGUCAAAGCAGAGAUGGAGCAGAAAGAGGCCGCCAGUCAGCAAAAGGAAGCACAGGCUCUUCACGACAAAGGGGCCCAGAGCUCAGAGCUGCUUCAGAAGUUGAAAGCGGCUGUGGAGGACUUCUUCAAUGCGAUCGACGCUCUGGAAGCGAGCAUGAUGAAGAAGAUGAGUGCACAAGGCAAUGCCAAAGCACACGAGCUCAUCCUCCUUGAUGAGAACUUGGAGCCAACUCUCUCGAAAUACAACCUCAUGGUGGUGGCAUUCGACGAUGUGUGGACAUAUGGCGACGGUUCCUACGCGAAGGUGGAGCCUGCUAUCGAACAGAUCGUGGAGGAUGCCAAGGCUGAUUUGGAGCUCAUUUGCGACCCAACAAGGCAGUUCGGAGAGUCCAUGGCAGAAAGUCCGGAGUUGGAGGAAAAGUGCUGGACCGCACUUUGGCGUAAGGUCGGCAUGAAUGAAGGUACCUUCCCCGGCGAGAAGGGCCAGCUCGCGCAGAGCGCUGAUGUGAAGAGCAGCGAAAUGCCGACUGAGGAGUCGGAGAUCAUGGAGAGUCCCAAGGCUAAGGGCGCCGCCACCCUGACAGCCUCGGAGGAGUCGACGCCCGCCAUGGAGUCGGCGAAGGCCUUGGACACGUACAUGGAGACCACAGCCACAUCGACGACAAUGGGCGACAUCGCCGACCUCCUAGCCGAGGAUUCCAUCAAACCCGGAAGCCCGGCGAAGAUCGUGGAAGCAAGCUCAACCACAACAACGACGGUUGAGGAUGUCGCAGACCUUCUAGCCGAGGAUUCCCUCUCACCUGCCAAAACCAUGGAAGUCAGUGCAGCGACCCACACAUCAACAACACCUGAAGUCGUGGACGAUCUCCUAGCCGAGAAUUCCAUCACUCCCGAAAGCCCGGCGAAGAUUGUGGAAGCAAGCUCAACCACAACAACGACGGCUGAGGAUGUCGCAGACCUUCUGGCCGAGGAUUCCCUCUCACCUGCCAAAAGCAUGGAAGUCACUGCAGAGACCUACUCAUCAACAACGCCCGAAGUCGUGGACGAUCUCCUAGCCGAGAAUUCCAUCAGGCCCGAAAGCCCGGCGAAGAUCGUGGAAGCAAGCUCAACCACAACGACGACGGUUGAGGAUGUCGCAGAUCUUCUAGCCGAGGAUUCCCUUUCACCUGCCAAAACCAUGGAAGUCAGCGCAGAGACCCACACAUCAACAACACCAGAAGUCGUGGACGAUCUCCUAGCCGAGCAUUCCAUCACGCCCGAAAGCCCGACGAAGAUCAUGGAAGCGAGCACAGAGACGCAUGCCACGUCAACCACUACUACGCUUGGCGAUCUUUCCGAUCUCCUAGCCGAGGAUUCAAUCACGCCCAAAAGCCCUCAGUCCGUGGAAUCGGGCGAUAUUUCUGAUCUCUUAGCCGAGGAUUCAAUCACUCCCAAAAGCCCGGCGAAGAUCAUGGAAGCGAGCACAGAUGAGACCCAUGCCACGUCAACCACUACUACGCUUGGCGAUCUUUCCGAUCUCCUAGCCGAGGAUUCAAUCACGCCCAAAAGCCCUCAGUCCGUGGAAUCGGGCGAUAUUUCUGAUCUCUUAGCCGAGGAUUCAAUCACUCCCAAAAGCCCGGCGAAGAUCAUGGAAGCGAGCACAGAUGAGACCCAUGCCACGUCAACCACUACUACGCUUGGGGAUCUUUCCGAUCUCCUAGCGGAGGAUUCCAUCUCGUCCCCCAAGAAAGAGAGCAUGGGGUCUGACUCCCCGCACUCCCCACAUUGGAUGGAGCACAUCACCGGUCACUUCAUGCCAUCGCCGUCUGGCACGGCGACGGCGGGCUCAAUGUCCAUGGGCCAAUGA